CAUUCGCAAUUGCGUCACCGAUCACGUGAGUGGCACGAGGCCAGUGAGGAGAUCGUCUGAUCUAUGGCGUCAUUCAUCACAUAUGGAGACAAAAAAAGAAAUCGUAAGUGGAAUUGUCAUAACUCGAUGUUUGCGCUCAUUCUUUAAAUAAAUAACUACUGUAUAUAGAAAGUUCUGCCACGCAUCUCUCCAAUGUCUGCUUUAAAUCAGGAAUUGAUCACAGAAAACUCUUAUCUCAUAUUUCAAUUUUUUUCUUAAUCUACUGUUAACAAGCAAUAUGACUGCCUCUCCUCAACCUCAAGUUCGAACCAUUCAUCAAAUUCAGCAUUUACUGUCAAUGCUGAGAAAAGGUGUGACCAGUUUAAAUACAAAAAUGCCUUCAUAUGCUCACAUUUCCAAACUGUUUAAAAGGAGAGAACUUAAAAUUAAAAGGACUUUCAAAGAUUUUACAAAUUUAGUUAAUAUUGUAAAAUUUCACUGGAAACCUACUGUUAAUGAAAAUAUAAUAAGAAAAGUUACAGUUACUCCUGCCAUAAAAGAAACAAGCAAUGCACCUAAAUUUUCUCAGUUAAAAUUGUCAUCUACUGGUCAUGUAACAAAUAUUGAAAAUGAAAAAUCAAUUGAAAUUGAUAAAGCUUUAACUGAAUGGCUAAAUAGUGAUACAAAUGAUGUUUUGCUGUCAAAAGAAAGCAAAAAACAAAUAAUUGAAAAAAAAUCAAAAACUGGUUUUGAAAAAAUAUUUUUUGACUGGUUUAGAGGAGAAACUAAACAAUUUAAAUUUCCUGUUUCAAGAAAUUGGACUUCUUUUCAAAACAAUGAAAAAGCUGUUAUUUUAGGAAGUAAAGUUGCAAAGGGCAGCAUUGAGAAUAGAAGCCGAUUUUUGGCAAAAUCUUUGUUAUCUGCAACUUCAGAAACUUCUAAGUUAUAUCGUUUACAAGAAAUGUGUAAACAUUUGUUGCGAUAUCCUGAAGAAAAAAAUACAAUGGUGAAGGAAAAUGCAAUUCCAAUAGCAUUGAAAUUAAGAGAAACAAGUGGAAGUGAAGUAAAAGAAUCAGCACAGGAGGUACUCUCUCUACUCGGUUAUGUAGAUCCUCCAAGAAGUACUGGUGUACGAAUUUUGACAAUAGAUGGUGGAGGAAUUAGAGGAAUAAUUGCUAUUGAAAUGCUACGUUAUUUGGAAACUAUCUCUGGAAAACCUAUUCAUGAACUGUUUGAUUAUAUCUGUGGUGUUAGUACAGGUGCUAUUUUAACAAUGUUAAUUGGAGGCUUGAAUCUUCCAAUUAAUGAAUGUGAAAAGUUAUAUCUAAAAAUGAGUUGUGAAUUAUUUAAAAGAAGUCCAAUACUAGGAACAGGUGGAUUAAUAUGGAGUCAUUCUUACUAUGAUACUAAUAUGUGGGUUAACAUGUUAAAAGAUGUGUAUGGAGAGCUGUCAUUAAAUGAAACUGCUCGAAAAAAAGGAAAUCCAAAGAUGUCUGCUGUGUCUGCUGUAAUGAAUCAACCUUUGCUGCAACCAUUUCUAUUCAGAAAUUAUGCACUACCUUAUCGCGUACAAUCACUUUAUCCAGGUAAUUGCAGUCACAAAUUGUGGCAAGCUAUCCGUGCAUCUGCUGCAGCACCGGGUUAUUUUGAGCAGUAUCAUUUAGAUGGAAUUGUCCAUCAGGAUGGAGGUCUAAUAAUGAACAAUCCAACAGCUUUAGCAGUUCAUGAAGCAAAAUUACUUUGGCCAAAGGAAAAAAUUCAAUGUAUAUUAUCUUUAGGUAAUGGAAGAUUUAUUCCCACGUCACAUAAAAUUACAACUUCCACUAGUUUGAUGACAAUGCUGAUGAAAGUAAUUGACAGUGCAACAGAUACAGAAUCUUUCCAUAUUGUUCUUCAGGAUCAUCUUCCGACAAAUGUUUAUUUCAGAAUAAAUCCAUACCUUUCAGAGCGCGUCAGCCUGGACGAAACAAAGACGGAGAAAUUGGAACUACUGAAAAAAGACGCACAAAAGUACAUUGAGUGGAACGAAACGAAGAUCCGACUGUGCAUGUCGGCUCUCGUUAAACAAAGAACUUAUGUACAGAAACUUAAUGACUGGUUGAAAGUGCAAUAUCUUAUUCAAAAAAGUAAAAGUAAAGCAGAUUAUAUUUGAUAAAAACAAAAAAGUUUAGUUAAAUGUUCAAAUUUUUAUCAUAUUUGAUUUUCACUUGUUGCAAGCAUUGUGGAAUGUUGUCUGUGAUAUCAAACGUUUGGCUACAAAUUUCUUGUAAGCAUUUAAAAUUUCCUUAGAUAUCAUAAUAUAAAUUGUGUUAUUUGUAAUUAAAUAUUACAUAAAUUUAUUUGUACAUAUAUUUAUGUAGCUCAUAGUUCAUUUAUUUGUAAAUUAAAUUAUAAUACAAAUGAAUUUGCAUAAAACUUUUACAUAUUAACAACUGUAAGAUGUUAUUUUAUCUAGUCAUGCAUCAAAUUUUAUAAAUUGUCAUUAAUAAAACUUUUCAAAAGUUA